CCGCUAGAUGUCACCAAACACGAGCGCCCUUCCUCUCCCACCCCACCUCAGUUGAUGAUGCGCGCUCCCGAGGUCAAGUGCAUGAACGCUGGCUUCCCAGCACGCCCGCGGGCGCGCACUCACUCACACACACACACACACACACUCACUCGGGAGCGAAGAUGGCGAUGAGAGCGGCGUUGCGGUGCCUCACCGCAAACUUGCCUUCCGGGCUUCCUCAGCGCUCACACGCGGGGGCUCUCCCGGCGACGCGGCUCCUGUGGGCGGCGAGGACGUCGAGCACCGCGGCCGACGCCCGCUCCGAAGCUUUAAAGUUCACCGAUAAGCACGAGUGGGUGCGAGUCGAAGGUGACAUCGGCACGGUCGGUAUCAGCAAUUAUGCUCAGGAAGCUUUAGGUGACGUGGUGUACUGCGGACUCCCCGAAGUCGGCCAACGUCUCGAACAAAUGGAGGACUUCGGCGCCUUGGAGAGCGUGAAGGCCGCCAGCGAGCUUUACUCGCCGCUGACGGGUGAAGUGAAGGAAAUCAACACCGAGCUGGCCGACAAUCCCGGACUGGUGAAUAAAGCUUGCUAUACAGACGGGUGGCUCAUCAAGAUGACCAUCGAAAGGCCGGAUGAGCUGCAAGGCCUCAUGGAUCAAGCUGCUUAUGAUCGUUUUAUCAAAUCACUGGAAUAGUGAACCAUGACAAAUCGCCGUGCUGCUUUUUGUACUUCAAUAACACCGAUCACCCUCUGUGCUAUUUAUUCUCAUUCCGAAACGGUGCCGUGAGAAUAAUUCUACGCUGUCAAGAGCUUCUGUUUUCGAAAGUUCUGAUUCGGCGGUAUAAAACUGUAUAAGGGCUCCUGGGAAUGUUGGAUCUAGCGCCUGAUGCUCGCGAUCUUCAAUGUGCACAAAUGAGAUGCUGAUAAGUGCUGUCAAUUUCAUGAAAUAAACUUGACACUUUCUUGGA